UUAGAAGUAUUGGGCUUCAACCAAUUUUUGUUGAAUCAUUCCUUACAACAAGCCACAAGAACUGAAGCAUGGGUAAUACACAGCAAAGCAAGAGAGAGACUCAUCCUGAGAAUUCCAAAGAAAAAGAAGAGGAUUCAAGCUUUACUUGUGAGAUAUGCAUAGAGCCCAUGUCACAAAGCAAGAGAUUCAAGAACAAGAAGAGGUGUACCCAUCCAUUCUGCUUCGAUUGUAUUGCUAAAUACAUUGAAGUUAAGGUUGAAGAUCAUAUAACAGAGGUGAAAUGCCCUGGCUUUAACUGUGAGAAGUUACUAGACCCUCUUUCUUGCUGUCCCAUUCUCUCCCCACAGGUGUUUGAGAAAUGGUGUGAUGUGCUAUGUAAUGCAGCUAUUCUAAGCUUUGACAAAGUAUACUGUCCUUUCAAUCACUGCUCCACAUUGAUCCUGAAUGAAUGCAAGGACGAUAAUGAAAAAACAGAAUGCCCCAACUGCAAGAACUUGUUUUGUUUUAAAUGCAAGUCUCCAUGGCAUGAAGGUUUCCAAUGCAGUGAAAAUGGGGAACUAAAAGACACAAAUGAUAUCCUCUUUGCCAAGCUUGCUGAGAGGAAGAAGUGGAAAAGAUGUCCAAGCUGCAAUCAUGCUGUGGAACUACUUUCAGGAUGCCCAGAUGUUAAAUGCAGAUGUGGUACAAGAUUUUGUUAUAUUUGUGGAGGGAAGUGCUCUAACCAUUUACGUUGGUGCGAGAGAAAUGUGAACAGCAUUCGUCUGCGUACAAUUAUUUUCCUUAUCUUCAUCCUUGUCCUUACUUCAAUUGCUGUGCCAUUUCUACUGGGAAAAUUAAGGUACUCAUAGUAUGUAGUUCUUUUGGUACCCUAUAAAUUUAAGAUAUAAUGUAAUUAUUAUUUUGUUGAAGAGGAUAUUUCUAAAGGUAAGGAAA